AGCUACUGAUUCGGAAUCCUAAAAAGCCGCAAAUUUCAAGAGUGUGUGAUUACAAGGUAAGCAGAGUUGAAGCAGUUCUUCAGUAACGGCACAAUGCGUAGUGGACCCUUUUUAGCCUACUUUACAACGGUCACCUCAAGAUGGCCUCUUGCCGUUUGGUGAAGUUAAAGAACAGAGCUGAAACCCUAGAUUCCGGUUCCAAAAUGGAGCACGAGAGUAGUAUAAGAGCCGAGAUCGACACAUCGGCGCCGUUUGAAUCCGUUAAAGAGGCUGUGAGUCGAUUCGGUGGUGUCGGCUACUGGAAACCCUCUCAACAUAAACUCUCUGAAACUGAGCAUGAAGUGGAGGAGGUUGAUAUUGCAGAAGUGGAAGUGCACGCAUCACAGUUUGAGAAGGACUUGAUUUUGAAAGAAAGGGAAACACUGGAAGUUUUGAAAGAGCUGGAAUCAACCAAAAUGAUUGUGGAAGAAUUGAAAUUGAAGCUACAGAACGAAGCGUCUGAGGUGAGUAUGGCACUUGCUUCAAAGAUUGAUUAUAAGAAUGAAACUCCUGUAGUGAAUAAAGCAGAAAAGGAAAACCGUAAAAAUGUGCUGGGUGGUUUCAGCACUUACGCCUCUUCAGCUCCAGGUUUAGUCUUAAUGGAGCUGAAACAGGCUAAGUUGAACCUUUCUAGGACUACUAGUGAUAUCGCUGACGUCCGAGCCUCUGUUGAUUCUCUUAACAAGAAAUUAGAGAAGGAAAGAAUUUCACUAGAGAAAACCCGUGAGAGAUUGAACCUGAAUUCUUUGGAGGUAUCAUCUCUUGAGGAAGAGUUAAACCAAACAAGACUAAAGCUGCAACAAACAAAAGAUGCUAGUGGUUCUGAUAAUCCUGUAGAUAUUUCAGUGGAGCUCCAAAGGUUGAGUUCUGAGGCUGAACAAUUCAAAAAAGCAGGAGAAGCUGCAAGAUCAGAGGUUUCGCAAGUAAUAUCUAAGAUUGAGCAGACAAAAACCAGAAUAAAAGCAGCUGAAAUCCAGUUAGUUGCAGCCAGAAAAAUGAAGGAAGCAGCUAGAGCAGCAGAAGCUGUUGCUUUGGCAGAGAUCAAAGCUAUAUCAAAAUGUGAGAGCUCAUCUGGAGCUCUCCCUCUGAAAUGUGAGGGAGUAACACUUUCUUAUGAAGAGUAUUCUUCCCUAACUUGCAAGGUUCAAGACGCUGAAGAAUUAUCUAAGAGGAGAGUCGUAGACGCCAUGCUUCAAGUUGAUGAUGCAAAUUUUUCUAAAAGGGAAAUGCUAAGGAGGGUAGAGGAAGCUACAGAAGAAGUCAAAACCAGUAAGAAGGCCUUGCAAGAAGCCCUUAACAGAGUAGAGGCUGCAAACAGGGGGAAGCUGGCAGUGGAAGAGGCUCUUCAGAGAUGGAGAUCCAAGCAUGGGCAAAAAAAACACUCUAUACACAACUCGACCAAGUAUAAGAAUUCUUACCCAUCUCAACUUCGGAAAGAUCCUUGUAUUUUUGAUGUAAAUGGACUGAAUUUGGUCAGUGAUGGUUCAAACCCUGUUUUGAAGCCAACCUUAUCAAUAGGUCAAAUAUUGAGCAUGAAGCUACUUGUCUCAGAUAAGUUUGAAAUAGCUGAAAGAGAUGCUGUGAAGAGAAAGUUAUCAUUAGGCCAAAUUCUCAGUAAACAAAACGGUGAUGUGCCCACAUCUCAGAAGGCUGAGAAGGAAAACAGUCACAAGCAGUACUCCAGAAAGAGGAAGAAGUUUGGAUUUGCUCGCUUCUCGUUGCUUUUGGCAAAGCAAAGUAAGAAAAAGAAACCAACUUCAAACUUGAGAUAAUGCAGUUCAACAAGGCACUAACAUAUGUUUAGUAGGAGCUGUCAUUUGCAUUAUGUCCUUGUUUAUUAGACUUACAAUCUGAUAAUUUCUAUAUUUAUUUAUUUUUUCUGUUUGUAGGGAUGUUGAUGAUAUUUGUGUACUUAAGUCCAGAUUGUUGAUCUAUAUAUUCUCUGCUUCAGAUUG